GAUUUCGGCGACUAUGGUGACGACGACCCCGAGGACCAGUACGACCCCGCCGGCUACAUGACCCAGAACUAUGAGUACGGCUACGACGAGCACAUGGACUUCGAGGUCACUGAGUUCGCUGAGGAGCACCUGGCCUACUUGAUGGACCAAGGCCUAGACCCAGACGACCGUGAGGCAGGCGACUUUGCGGCGGACGUCAUCCAGGCCGAGGAGGAAGCAUAUUGGAGCCGAAAGGGGGCGCACUCCAAAGGACAUGCCCCCAUGAAGCCACCGCCUUUUGAGGUCAGCGGCUCUUUCACCAUGGACGAGAAGAAGGCGCGGCUGCUUUCCUUGAAGGCGAGGACUUCGUGCAAGAAGUGCGGAGCAGUGGGCCAUUGCGGCGACGCUCAAUGUUGCCUGAACAGAGGCAAGGGCAAGUUCGGGAAGUCUGGCGGCGGUGCACCAUCAUCCUCUUCUUCGGGCUUUGGACGAGGCCGCGCCCCUGGACGUGGAACCCAACACUCUGGGCGAAGCGGCGGCAAGGACAAGCCCAGAACCGUCUACUUUUCCAUAAGGGAGCCCGACGCUGGCGACCCGAAGGGCUUCUUGGCUCUCCGCUCUCCUGACCCGACCGGCGGCUACCACCAAGUUCCGCCACCAAGCUCUUUGACAUCGGCUCCGCCGACGACUUCUGCGGCAGCGACCUCCUCAUCGACGACGCCUGCGACAGCGACCUCAGCAGCACCGACGCAGAAUGUGGCGGCGGCGCGGACCAUCGUCGACCUGACGGACAAGGAUGGACCUUGGCAGGUGAUACCGCGCAUGGACCAGGUGGACUAUGUCAACGCGGAGCAGCCCGACGUCGACAUGGAGAUGCUUCUGGAGGCGCUUGGCGGCGUGCCGCUGGAACCUCUGCCACUAACAUCGCCGGCUUCUUCACCAUCUCCUGGCGCCGAACCUUUGGACGACGCAGCAGCACGUGUGGCACAACCGGCACAAGGCAUGAGGCGAGUGGCCCCACAUAGCAGGUCCUGCCCGCAUACGAGGACGACCGCCAGUGGCAGCAACCAGUACUACCACAUCCGCAAGUGCACUGCGUGCGGCGAAGUGCUCGAACGCACCCGCAAGCAGCCACAGGAUCCGGCGCCUCAGCCAAAGGCGGCAGCAGCCCCAGCUUGCCUACACCACAGAGUACACUGGAAGGGCUCAAAUGCCUUUCUGAGAAUGCGGACCUGUCUCGACUGCGGCUUCAGAGAGAGCAUUCCCCGAGCGGAUGGUGACGGCAAUGUUCCUGGAGCUUCCUCGUCAACUACCGGAACGAGCUCUACGGCGACUUCGGCACGACCCUCGAACGCGGCUACGUCCGCGACACGUCACGACCUCGACGGCUACGUGCUCAGCCCGCCGGAGAUACAGCAAAUCGUCGGCGCGUUCAACGAGGCAGUGGGCAGGCGUCUUGAAGCAACCGGCGAUGCCCCGAUUCCGGCGGACCGGCUGUUGGAGACGCUUCGGCUGACGAUCGAGCAGGUUACGAUUUGGCACCAACGACAGGCCGCCCCGGCAUCGACUACACCUUCGACCCGGACCUCAGAUACUGCAAGCUUGGCAGAGCGUGUGCGGAUGCGAGGGGAGACGCGUGUCGAGUCCGGGAAGUACAAGAACCAGGCCUACAUCGCUGCGUACGAGGACCGCGACUACAAGCACUGGUGCUAUGCCAACGUCACCGACCAGAGCCACCCAACUAUGAAGCGAUUGGUUCAAUACUUCCGCGAACAUGACGCCUCCCUUGACUCCGAUGCUCAGAACCGUCACGCCUACAUGGCCUACCUCGACCACGAUGACGAGGACGACACGAUCUUCGCGGAAGGCGACCUCGUGGCGAUUCUGGACACCGGCUGCAGCCAAACAUGUCACGGCGACGCCUGGCUUCAAAGGUACGUGGACGCGACCCGACAGGAAAUGCCGAAACUUUGCACCGAGGACAGGCCCAACUUCAGGGGGAUCGGCGGGGCCAUCCAAACCGCUGGUACCCGACAGCUAGAGCUUUGCCUUGAACUCCUCGAUGGUGGAGUUGCCCGAGGCGACCUUUAUUCCACCGAGCUCAUCGGCUCCGAGGCUCCUUUGUUGCUUUCCCUGCAGGCUCAGAAGGCGCUUGGGUUGGUGAUCGACUUGUCUGCCGAAGUGGCCCACUCUCAGGUUCUCGGCAAGGACCUCAAGCUGGUCAUCAAGGACGGCCUCCUCGGACUUCGGCUACUUCCGGCGGACGUCGCGGACGAGAGCAAGGACCACGAGACCGCCGGCGGUGCCAACGACAUCGGCGACUACGACAACUUCAUGACGGAUGGCAAGCAGGACGUCGAGCAGGACACCGAACGCGCCGGCAACCCGGUCCACGAGCACGACGGCGUCACGAACUCGGAUGACGAGGCCUCGGAGGACGGCUGCGGCACGGACGGCGGCGUAGAGAACACGGCCAUCGGCUACCUGGUUGUCGACGCUCUCAAGAGCAAGAUCAUGUCCAAGGGGCAGUCGGCAAGGGUCAGCCGAGACAUCGAGGACAUCACGGCGACAGAUCAGAUUCUCUGGGGCCAAAUGUUGGGGAAGAAGACCAGAAGGCCAUCGUUUCUCCCGCGUGGAUGCCGGACUUUCCUCCUUGAACUGGUUGCUGGCGCUGCUGUCUUGACGCACAUGGCCUCCUGUGACUAUGGUCUUCCUGUAAGCGACCCGGUGGACAUCCGACUUGGCCCAGGCCUCGACCUUCUUACCCGCGAUGGCCGCGACGCUGUGGACCGCAUCAUCGAGCGGGACGACCCCUACGCCAUCACCUGCUCCCCGGUUUGCGCCACGUGGUCAACUUGGACAAACAUGCUUGCUGGGGACUCAUGGGAGAAGUGCUUGGAGGAGAGGCGCCGGUGGACCCCAGUGAUCGAGUGGCUCCAGAGCACGGCCCGCAAACGGCUUGCCAAGGGCCGACAGUUCCUCUUUGAGCAUCCGUGGGGCAGUGCUAUAUGGCGACUUCCCAUGAGCCGGCGGCUACUUGAACAACCACCGCACGACGUCUUCACCAUGGAUCCUUUAGAAGCAGUCAGGGCUGAUCUGUGCCAAUUCGGACUCAAGGAUGCCAAGAACAACUUUCCGCGCCAAAGGCCGACUGCCUUUGUCACCGCGACCGCUGAGCUGAAGAAACGGCUUGCGCGGCUAUGCCCUGGCACUCACCUGCAUCAACCUCUUGAAGGAGCAGACCGUACUCGUCGUGCUCAGGAAUGGACUCCCAAGCUGUGCAAGGCGAUUUUGGAUGGUAUGCUAGAAUCACUUGAGAACACCUCCGUCCAGACAGCCUUUCCAGCAGAGGCUGAGUUGGAAGACGAGAUCGUGGACGAUGACGACCCCGGCUACCUCGACGCAAUCCUCACACCGGAUGACGAGGCCACUGCGCUCAGCGAUGGCGUCACCUUUGGCAACAGGCGACAGGACGAGCACCUCGACACCAUCCGUGAGGAGACGGCGCCCCCUGUUCUACCUGAAGUGGAAGCUGCGCCUCUUAUGGCUUCUCGGAAUGCCUGGCGACAGCUCCCUCGAAGCCAACGUGUGGCGCUGAGGAGACUUCACACCAUGACAGGUCACAGCAGCACAGCCGCCAUGCAGCGGCUACUCCGGACAGCCGGUGCCGAUCCCGCCGCCAUCAAGGCACUCAACCACUUCCACUGCCCAGCUUGUGCUUGUGUGCAACGUCCCAACGAACCGCGACCUGUGAAGAUGCCGAAUGAGCACGCCUUCAACAAGAACAUCUCCAUCGAUGUGUUCAUUGUCCGAGAUGUUGACGGCGUCAAGUACAAGUAUCUAUCCGCUGUGGACAAUGGAACGCUGUACCACGCUGUGUGGCUAGUUGGCACUGGACAUGGCCCUCCUUCGUCCUCUUCAUGCGCUACAAAGUUCCGGGAUGGAUGGCUGUCCUGGGCUGGUGCUCCGGAGACUGUGACCCUUGACCGAGGCAGCGAGAACCGAGGCAAGUUCCAGGCCAUGUUGAAGUCCCACGGGACUCUACUACGUUACACGGGGCUGGAGUCACCCUUCCAGCUCGGCCGAGGAGAGCGACAAGGCGCUGUGAUGAAGGACAUCAUGCGACGUGUGGUUGCCAGCCGACAGCUCCAAGGGCAAGAAGCUAUGGAAAUGUUAGGCGUGGAGGCGGCUACGAUCAAGAACAAUCGCCUUCACCAUGCCGGCUUCACUCCCAGCCAAUGGGUUCUUGGACGACUGCCGCCAGAAGUCGACAGCCUUACUUCGCCUCUUGCGCCCGAUCGACUUGGACAGCAUCAGGAGAUCCACGACGGCCAGACAGCCUUCGCAAAGCAGGCAGCCAUUCGAAGCGCGGCUCGGCAAGCAUUUUCGCAGGCCGACUCCUCUGAAAGGAUUCGGGCAGCGCUCCUCAGGAAGAGUGUUCCAAUGCGUGGCCCCUUUGUCCAAGGGGAUCUUGUCUGCUUUCGCAGAAAGGCUGGCCCAGGACCCCACAAAUGGUUUGGCCCUGCAAGGGUUGUCGGCCAGGAGGGCCGUUCGACUCUUUGGAUCGUGCACGGUGGCAUCCCUCUUACCGUGUCCGUUGAGCAAGUUCGUUUUGCAACAGGCGCCGAAGCCUUUGCCAAGAGGCAGCUGGAGCUUAAGCCGAGCCGGAAACGAAGACGCGAGGACCUCGACGGCGUGGACAGCGACGACCACGACUACCCUUUCGGCGACGACCUCAGUGGAGCUGGAACGGCAGCUGGAGCGCAGGGUACCUUCUUCGACAUCAGCGAACCUGUGCCCGCUUCAGCGCCGUCGCUUAUACCUUCACAUGGACCUCCAGCACCUCCACCUGGACUACCUAGACCACCAGACGGCCCUGGAGGCGAUGCUCCACCUCCUGUUCUUCCUGGACCUUCUCCUGACCAACUUCCUGGGGUGGACGUUCCUGUCCCAGAUUCUCCCUUGGCGCCUACAACCGAGAUCAGCUCGGAGCCAGAUCAGGAGCACAUGCCACCCAGCCGACGUGACUCCACCGAGAUUCAACCUGCCGGCCCACCGGUGACCUUCACCCCUCUGCAGCAAGCUAUGCAUCGGUCUGUGGAUGCACUUGAUGGACACCAAGCACGGAAACGCGAGCUCUCUCCUUCAGUACGCACGGAGCCCACCUUUGAACGUCGACCACCUCCUGGACUACCGCCACCUUCAAGUACGGAGACGGCAACCGGGGCUCCAACUGCAUCUACCUCCUCUCGAGCCUUUGGCGCCUUCUUGGCCAAGAGGACCGUGAACAAGAAGAGCGCCGCAGCCCGUGCCAAAGAGCUCAACUUCAACAAGUCCGAGGGCAAGCAGAGAGAAGGCAUCGCGCAAGCACGCGGGAAGGAGUGGAACAAUUGGAAGGAUUUUGAUGCAGUGGACGUGAUCCCUCCUUCUCAAGUUGAUGCCUUCCUGAAGGAGCACUCCGACAUCGGCGUCACCCCGAUGAGAUGGGUAGACACCAACAAGGCUCAGCCAUGGGAGGAGGCACGCUACAAGUCUCGCAUUGUUGUGCGAGGCGACCUGGAAUCUGGAGCUGCCGACGCACGAACCGAUUCCCCUACUUGUUCAUCCUUGAUGCUCAACUUCAUGUUAUCCACGUGCGCAAGCAAGCGCUGGAAGAUUCGUGGAGGCGACAUCACCGCCUCCUUCUUGCAAGGAGAACCGAUGGAGAGAACGUUGAUCUUGAGUCCACCGCCAGGUGGCCUCCCAGGCGUGGAGCCUGGGUCACUGCUAGUGGCCAGAAAGCCCGUGUACGGCACACGGGAUGCACCCCGCGGAUUCUGGAGGAGACUUCAUCGGGUAUGUCUCGAACAAGGUCUGGAAGCCAUUCCUCUUGAGCACGCCUGCUACGUGCUCAAGAAGGAAGGCCGCGUAGCAGGCGUCCUUAUUUCACAUGUCGACGACAUUCUCUGGGCAGGCGAGCCGCAGAUGCAAGACAUCGCGGCCCGGCUCCGCAACGAGUUCAAAUUUGGAACUCUUGACGACGACAAGCUCAUCGAGUACUGCGGCCGGCAAAUCUUUCAGGAUGUGGAUGGAAUCCGCGUGAGCUGUCCUAAUCCGGCUGCCAAGGUGCGUCCAAUUCACUUGGACGGUCAACGGCGCAAGAUGAGAGGAGCAGAAGCCACUGACUCGGAGCGCGGGCAACUCCGCUCCGUUGUGGGCACCUUGAAUUGGUUGGUCCGUGUUUGCAGGAUCGACAUCGCCUACCAGGUGCACCGCCUUCAGACUGUCCUCAAGACCUGCACAGUGGACGACCUCCUCUCCUGUAACCAGCUCCUCAGCUACGUGAAGUCCACCCCGAAUAAGGGCCUCUUCUUUCCGUACGGAGCAAUGGAGAUCGAGGAUGCGAAGGUGCUCUCCCUCACAGAUGCAAGCCACGCCGCGGACUUUGACACCUCGCAGGACGGCAAGCGGCUUGGCUACCGCUCCCAGGCAGGGAGGCUGCUGGUUCUCUGUGGGCACGACUUCCUGGAGAACUCCGGCGGGCAGGUCUACAUCCUCGGCUACCACUCCAACGUGAUAAGGCGAGUAUGUCGCUCAACGCUUCAGGCAGAAACCUUGGCCUUGAUCCAAGGAUACGAGGAAGCAGAACAUGUCCGGGCUCUACUUCACCACGUCUGCGGCGGCAAGGUGGACAAGACUCUCACCGAGGCCAUGGACGCACGGGAGCUCAUCAUGCUGACGGACUGCCGAUCGCUCGAAGAGCAUGUGAACCAGGCCGGACUCCACACCGUGGCUGAUAAACGGCUAGCUAUAGAUCUCUGCGGGAUCAGACAGCUGGUGUGGCGAAAGGCUGGCGAGGAAGUUGGAGACCCCUUGUACUCUGAUGCUCCUCCCGUGAACGCCACCACCUUGAUCCGCUGGAUCGAUACGAGCACCAUGGCGGCAGAUGGGCUGACAAAGGCCAUGAAGGCUCCGCAGCUUGACCUCCUCAUGAGAAGCAGUCGUGUGGAAGUGAGCUUCACUAAGAUCAGCUGA